CCUCGGUGCCCAUACUUACGGUCAAGUUUUUAAGCCAGCCAAAAGAAUUUUCCAAUCGCGAGUUAGGAAUUCCGGGUUGCAGAGCAAAUUCUAGGGAUUAUAAUUAUAUGCACAUGUAAUGCCGGUCGUCGGUAUGGCCGGCUAUUCAUGGUCAGUUGCAGUGCGAGUUCAAGACACGAACAGUUUGGGUAAAGCUGCCUUGAACUGAUAGGAUUACUCAAGGAGAUAAAACAACGGAUGCAAAGGUUGGAAUAGGAAAGACCCAAGGUCAUUUUGCAGAAAUGGAUGGCUUUAUGCAUUAUGUCGAUGAGAUUUUAACAAAUGUUGAUAAGCUCGAGCAAAGAGUUACUGAGAUCGAACAUUUUUACUUGACUGCAAGUCAAAAGCAACUAAACACUUCCAAAGGCAGCAGCGAGAUUUUUAAGGAUAAAGAUAUGGACAAAAGUUUCAUUACCUUAAAAAAGCAGCAGCAAGGUGCAUCAAAUGGGGAAGCAACUGUUGCAAAGAGAAUGCCAGAGCUUAUGAACCAGUUUGCAGCAAUACUGCAUCAGAUCACACAACACAAGUGGGCGGGGCCUUUUAUGCAACCUGUGGAUGUUGAAGGUCUUGGUUUACAUGACUACUAUGAGGUCAUUGACAAGCCUAUGGACCUUGGUACAAUAAAAAAUCAGAUGGAGGCAAAGGAUGCUACUGGGUAUAAGAAUGUUCGGGACAUGCAAGCUGAUGUGAGGUUGGUUUUCAAAAAUGCCAUAAAAUAUAACGAUGAAAGAAGCCUUGUUUAUGUUAUGGCAAAGACUUUAUUGGAAAAUUUUGACGAGAAGUGCCUACAGCUUCUGCCUAAAGUUAUUGAAGAGGAAACAAGACAAGAAGUUAAGGAGGAACCGACACAGUUGGAGAUGGAGCUUGCUCAGGAUGCUGUCUACGCACAAAUGACUAAAGACAUAAGGAAUGAGAUUUGCGAGGUUGAUAAGCAUUUGGAAGAACUUAGAGAAAUGGUUGUUCGAGAGUACAGUCUCAGGAAAAUGCGAACCGAAGAUAAAAAGAAACUUGCAGCUGCCCUCACCAGAUUGUCUGCUGAAGGUCUGCGUGAGGCAUUAGAAAUUGUUGCUCAGAACGACCCCACCUUCCAAGCUACAGCUGAAGAGGUGGAUCUUGACAUGGAUGCUCAGAGUGAAUCAACCUUAUGGAAAUUGAAAUGUUUUGUGAAGGAUGCACUGAAAGCUCAGGGCAGGAUCUCAGCAAGCUCAGGUGGCAGUUUCACCACCAACAACAACUCCUCCACUCGGAAGCAGGCGAUCUGCGCUGCUCUUGCUGAAACUGCCUGCAAACGGGGUAAACAUUAGAUUUCUUGAUGUAAAUUCUGUUGAUGCAAGAAAACUAGUUUUAGGAUUAGGCUGACUUCCACAAUUUGAAGGUGCUGAUCUCUAAGUCAUUUGUCAUGGUGCUGCACUGUAGUGGUGCAUCUAAAGAUUGGGUGGUAUAAAGAUCACUUAGUUUAUUAUUUAUUUUACUA